GCAACACCUAUAUCUGUUAAUGUGCGGAACGUUAUAAUACCUUGGAAUAUAUAUAUUUAAUUAUUGACAGUAAUACCACGUGACUUCAUUAAAUAGUAUAACAUAAAAUGAUUAUCAUGUAAAGUUAAUAUUAGUUAAUUUUACAGACUUGACUUACAAUCAUGUGAAGUUCGAACAUUCAUAAACUAAACGUACGUUUUAAGUUAAAAUUGAAUUUGGUUUUGAAAAAAUAUGGAAACUGGUAGUGUUGGUAGAGCUGUUUAUGAAUUCAAGACUGAUAUUGAAGGAGAACUACCUCUUGAGGUUGGAGAUGUUGUACAGGUUCUUCAGGUUGUAGACAAGUACUGGCUGUAUGGUGUGUCCAACAAAGGAACUGGCAACUUUCCUUCUGGAUUUGUCUUGAAAUUAGAAGUUCCCCCAGUUGCAGAAGAUCAGCAGUUGUUUGCUGCCAUGGAAUCCUUUGCUGCUCAGUUGGAAGAUGAUUUGGAGUUUAGAAAAGGAGAUUUAAUUAUUGGUGAGUAUCCAUUGGACAGCAACUGGUGGCAUGGUCAAUGUAAUGGUCGAAGUGGUAUCUUUCCACUAACACAUGUAUGGAAGCUUGAUAUGUCCAGCUUAAAACCCACUGCAAAACAAAAGAAUGUAUGUUUUAAAGUAAGAAUUAAGAUGGAUAUGAAAGCACAAUUGCCAGAAGAAAUGGAUCUCAAGAAAGGAGAGAUCAUUACAGUUACUGAAGUUGUGGAUAAGUGGUACAGAGGAGAAGGGCAUGGAAAGUCAGGGAUGUUUCCAGCUUCGUUUGCUAUAAAGCUGGAAGAAACAGAUAGUGAAGAGAAAAUAUCACCUAUAGAAAAAUAUGCUAGAAAUGAUGGAAAACCCCUGGAGAUUUUAGAGCCUGAAAUAAAUGAUACUAAAUCCUUUUCAGCUUGGUUCACUAAAUCUUUAAAUGAAAAUAUUUAUUAUGACUUAGAUUCUUCAUCUGAAUCAAAACACGUUGGAUACCAUAACAAGAACAGCGGAAUAACACCUUAUGGUAAAACACAGUUUCCCUUUACAGCGCAGUAUCCAAAUGAGUUGUCGUUUGACUGUGGUGUGUUACUGAAAUUGAUAAGGCAUGUGGAUGAUGAAUGGAUGGAGGGAGAAAUUGAUGGAAAAAUUGGACUUUUUCCUACCAAAUAUGUGGACAUUGUUGUUGACUGUAAUGACUCUGAAAAUGUCUGUUUUGAUAACUCAGAUCUAGAAAAUCAACUUUACAAAAGGGGAAAGGUUCUGUAUGAUUUCAUGGCACAAGUGGAGGGUGACCUAAACUUGAAAGAAGGGGAAAUGAUAACAAUUCUCAAACAGUUGAAUCCACAUUGGUACCAAGCUAAGAAAGAUGAUGGUAAUGUGGGAAUCUGUCCUUCUAACUUUGUUAGAAUUACUGCAAAUGAUGGUUUCCCUUGUGAAAGUAAGAGUGAUGAUGUGUUUCCCCAGGAAUCAUUACUGACAAGUUUAAAUGAGGAAAAAUAUGCUAAAGAAGAUUGGAAUCAGUUUUUGAAUCCAUCGGAUUAUUCAGAGACAAAAGAACCUUUCAAAGUUUCAAGCCAUGGUACUAGUCUGGAGGCACCAGAAGUCUUCCAACCAUUGAGUAGUUGCUCAAACACCAUUUCCUCGGAAAGACAAUCUAAAGAUUCACAAUAUGAGAGAUCUUGCUUGAAUCAAACGACAGGCAUAAAGAGCCCUCAAAUUAGUGAAGAUGAAAACCCAGUUAUUCUACGAAAUACUCAUGGUUUUAGCUCUGUGCAAAAUAGUGCUCCUGUUCAGCCUUCUUCUAAGAAGGAAGUGGUAGAUGCUGAACCUAAUCAAAUGCAUGCAUUACGAGUCCCACACAGACCAGCUCCACCAGUUCCAACCUUUAGCUCACAAUCAUCACAAAUAAAGCACGGUGUUUCCAGUGCCUCUUGGAAUCAAGCUACAUCAAUGGAAGAUAACAACAAGAAUAUAAAAGAUGAAACUGAUGGGUUAAAGGACAGCAUAGAAUAUUUGAGUUAUGAUGUUCAGAGGUUGGUGUUUAAAGAACCCAAAGAAAUAGAUGACACUAUGCAGCACACAGAAGCUCUUAAGGAAGAGGAGGACAAUAAAAACAAGGAAACUGAAGACCACAGACAAAAGAUGGAAGCACUCAGGAAAAAUGUGAUUAGAGAGCUUCUACAAACCGAACAAGAUUAUGUACGAGACUUGGAAAUCUGUCGAGAUGUGUUUCUUAGAGAUCCAUCAGUUGGAAAGAGAAAGGGUAUAGAUAUGGAGACAUUGUUUGGAAACCUUGACGAAGUCAUUGAAGUAGCUUCAAAAUUAUUAGAAAACUUUGAAAAAGAGGUGACUGAAAAAUCACCUGAGGAGCAAAAUAUUGGAAAAUGUUUUCUAGAAUUUGCUGAAGAUCUAAAACAAACUUAUGGCCAAUACUGCAGAAAUCAUGAUGAUGUGUUAGUGUUAAUAGAAAAGUAUGAAGAUAACCAAAUGAUCAAGAUCUAUAUAAAUCAAGGCGUGAUGCAGAUGCGAGCAAAGACCAAUUGUUUUGAUUUAUCUUCAGUCUUGAUUAAGCCCGUCCAGAGGAUUUUAAAAUAUCCACUUUUGCUGGAUGAAUUGAUUAAGUGCACAGAAAACAGCCAUCCUAGCAAAGCAGAUCUGGAGAAAGCUGAUCUUACAAUGUAUACUGCUGCUAAAGAAAUUAAUGAAUUUAAGCGACGAAAAGACCUUGUAUUCAAGUACCGGAAGGAUACAGAUACAAGUCUUUCAACCCGAAUAUCAAAGCUUAAUCUUCAUUCAGUCAAAAAAAAGUCAUCUCGGUUUAGUGCCAAACUCUCUACAACUCUUGGAUUAACUUCUGUGCCAAAAGAUGAAGCUUUCGAAGCCAUUGCUUCAGAGUUUCAUUCUUUAGAAAAAACUAUUAAGGGUUUCCUUAAGAAUGUGAGUCUUUUUACAGAAGAAAUGCAGAGUUACGUUCAUGUAGCACUCAGCCUUACAGAAGAUAUUGCAGAUUACUACCAAGACAAAAGGAAUCAACAAGAGGUUGACCAGUACAGAGCAACCCACCAUAUUAUGGUGAAUCAGUUCUGGGAAGAUUUUAAAGUUGCUGUUAGAAAGAAUGUUACUGUGCCUCUCAACAAUUUACUUACAGCCUAUCAUGGACCAAAUAAUCUGAUUCAAAAGAGAGGAGACAAAUAUCUAGACUACGAAGCUUGUAACAACCGUUUAGAGCCUAACAAGGAUGCAGCAAAACAGCGAAUUCUUCAAGAAGAACUACAAGAAGCAAAGAACAACUACAUAGCUCUCAAUUCUCAAUUACUUGAUGAACUUCCUUCCGUGUGUGCUAUCAGUAGGGAUAUCUUUAAGGAGUGUUUGCAUAGCUUUCUUCAGGCAAGGAAAACCCUUUUAGGACGAACAGCGAAACAAAUGUUAUCUCUCACUCAACUUUCACUGUUGCUGAGUUCUCAAAAAGAUAUCCUCGAAACAUUCCAAAUCAAGCACAAUCUUGUGGUGGAUCAGCUUACUAAACUUAGUCUUGUACCAAAACACCUCUUUCCAAGCUCUACCCUGACAAAGACAUCCUCUGGGAAGAGGUCUUCAAGUUCUUGUGGAUCAAAUGUAGGAAUUAGCCACAAUAGACAAGGAACUGUCCCAGGGAAUUCUCAGUCACCAAAUCAAAAGGCAUUUAUUAAGUCCAAGUAUUUAGGAGAAAGUCUGUACUAUGUCGAAGAUAAUUAUAUAGCAGUAGAUGUACUUGACAUUUCAGUUAAUAAGGGAGAUGUCGUUGGGGUGAUCAAACAGCAGGAUCCAAUGGGAAGUGAACACCGCUGGUUUAUAGACAAUGGAAGUGUUAAAGGUUUUGUACCUGCAAAGGUUUUAGCCAAGUUUAGCCAAGUUUCAAAUUCAACUCAAGUAAAUGAUUAUAGUGAUAGAUAUCAGACAUCUUUUCAUGAAGAAAAACACAGUCCUCACACAAAAGAAGAUGUUUCACCUCAUGACCUUAGUGUUCAAGAAGAGCCUACUAGUUUGAACAGUGAUGCACCCUCAAAUAGCAGCACAGAUCUUUUCGUUUAUGAGAAUAUAGAUACAAAAAGACUUGAUCAUUCUAACCUAAUAGCUCCAUCUCUAAGUAAGUUACCAAGUGAUGAGUCAGGAAACUACUGUCCUGGUUUUCAAGAUCAUUUAUUAACACAACAGAUAAGUACAAGUGAAAGUGAAGAUCAAACUCCAGUAGUGAGCCAAAGUUACUCAGAAGAACCAUUUGAAAAUUUAGAAAUUGAAUAUUAUUAUGCAGCAUAUCCAUUUGGAGCCAUGGGACCUUAUCAGUUAACUCUGGCUCUGGGACAGGUGGUGGUGGUUUUACAUAAAGGUGACCUAGAAGGCAAUCCUGAAUGGUGGUUUGUUGGAGACAGGUUUGGGAAUGAAGGUUAUGUUCCAUCAAGCUAUCUCAAAAAGUAUACUGAUUAACAUUAAUCAGUGUGAAUAUUGUGGUUCUGGAAGAUUGCCCAGUUAAAAAGAACAUUUAAUACUUACAUAUAAAUGAAGCUCACUGCGUACUAAAAUAUGUUAUUGUUUUUCUGAAUAAAACAAAAUUAUCAAAAGUUGGUAUGUUUUUGUUGUUGUUCGUUUAGCUUCCAGAGUUUAUGUUUUUAAAAAAAGUAUGUUACACUUCAAUAAUGAAAUGCUUGAGCUUUUUGGAUGUGAAAACAUUGAGUCAUGUAUAGUUUUCAUUUACACUUCCUGUUAACUGAAAAUAUUGAUUGUACAUAUAAAUGAUGGUUUUAUUCUCCCUUUUUUUUAUUAAGGUUGAACAAUAAUGCUUUCAAAACAUUUAUUUUUGGAAACUCAAAACAUUGAUGAAUGUUUCAGACUAAUUAAUUCAUAAAACAAAAAGCUAUACUUUUUUUGUAUGUUGGUGUUCCAUCAAGUGAAAUUAUUGAAAACAUUAAGACAAAAGUUUAAAAAAUGUUGCUUUUUACUUGAUGUUAACAUUUGAUUUGUCAAGUUCUGUGGAAUUUUUGUAUUAUUUAUCUUUCUGGUUUCUCCAUUAAACUUUUAAAGUACUUAUAAAGCUUUGUUAACUUCUGCUUUUAAAUUGGAGAAAGUUUCUUUAUCUUUCUCUUUUUACUGAUUACUAAAAUAAUUAAUGCUAUUGCAUGUUAAAAUUUAAAAAAAGAUUGUUUUACUUGACAGACUUGUGAAUUUUAUUUAGAUCAGAAUUGUGUGUAAAUGUACCUUUAGUUGUUUGUUGGCCAAUACUUUUGAACUAUUCUGUAUGAUAACUUCAAAAAAAAUUCAGAAUUCCUAUGUGGAAUAGUGUUUCACCAAAUUUGAAAAAUAUUUAUAAAUAAUUCUUAUUAAAUUUUUUGUUUUCCUGUAAAAUGUGUAAUUACCUUUCUUUUUGACAUACUUGGAAUUCUAAUAACUGUAUAAAAGAUAAAGUCCUCCAGAAUAAAGUUUAAAUUAUCUAUAGAAUGAAAUAGAUUUUAGAUAUUUUUUUGCAUCAGCUAUUAAUAUU